AUGAAGCAUGGUCUAAAGAUGAAAGGCGUAGAGCCAUCGCGGGAAGAAGAUUUGAAUCGGACCGGCGUUGCUGCCGGUCCUUGGAAUGCUCACUCGGAGAAUAAACUGCUCGACAGCAGCAUUGCGGCUUCGGGCCAUCUUAACAGCGAAAGUGGCUAUGUCACAGUCGCUUUUGCGGCUAAUUCGAGGAAGAAGUGUCUCCGUCAGGAGAGAAUGAGUCUCUUGGUGGCACCGACAUGGGCGGGUCAGCAAAGGGCUCGAGAGCCCAGUCGGAGGCUGCGUCAUCUCCAGGCGAUAGCUGCGGCGGCAAAUCUCCCCACUUGUCACGACAAAGCGGCCCAACAAAGAGUCCUCGUUUUGAAGUCCGACUCAAUAGCCAGUGGGCAGAAUGCUGGUGUUGAAUCUAAGGACAACUGUUGGGUUCGACAUUCAACAGGCUUCGACAUAAUGCUUUGUCGACGGGCUUUGCAUCUCCGCGUCCUACUACGUGAGACCUACGGCACGGUGUCUGGGAUCAUCCCGGCGCUGUAUGAUGCUUUUGGAGGCCAACUCGAUUGGCACAGGGACCGGCCCACGCUCCUCGAUAUUGUUGUGCAGCGCGAAACGGCUUUCUUCAUCUGUCGUCGCCACUACGAGGUUUCGAUCGUGAUCCAAUGGUCUGAUGCACUGAGGAAUGUCCCGGUGCGUGGCUGGGAGGUCCAUCGCCAAACGAUGCGUCUCCCGGCCCGUCGUCCCCGUCACUUGCCACUAUAA